AUGGCAACCAACACUGUUUUUCAUAACACAUCUGCCAUCGGAAACGAGGGUAGUGCUGCAGAGACCCGAGAUGCUGCAUUCGAUGAACAAGCAAUGAGCCUUAAAGAUAAUGUUAAACUUUACUGGUAAGUCCCAAACUCUAUGUAUCAUAACCAGCUUCAAAUUGGGUUGAAGCUAAGGCACACUUUUCAAAAUGGAACGAUUCGUACAGCUCGAGAUAGCUCAAUCCAACUCGAGCUCUAGCACUUGUAUCAAGGUGUACUAAUUUUGAUUUCGGUAUAGGCCAGGGGUCCUAUGGGCCCUCAAUGUUUCUUUUUCGUUGAUUAUGGAAGGCUUCGAUAUUGUCCUUUUACAAUCAUUAUACGCAAUGCCGCAAUUCAAUCAGAAAUAUGGUGUCCUUGCGGACGACGGGACCUAUACUAUACCUGCCAGUUGGAAGACGGCUCUCUCGAAUGGUGCUCUAUGUGGGCAAAUAAUUGGUCUUUUCUUCGGCGGGUUCUUCGUGGAUAGAUACGGCUACAAAAAGACGAUCGCUGGUGCCCAACUCCUAAUGAAAGCCACCAUCUUUGCUUUGUUCUUUGCGCCUAAUGUUCAAAUAUUAUUAUUGGGAGAAAUAUUGUGUGGUGUUCCCUGGUAGGUGCUUAUACUGAGAAGUUUGGAACAAAUACUUAUAACUUUCAGGGGCAUGUUUCAAUGUAUGGCAACAGCAUACUCAUCGGAUGUGGUUUCCUUGAAACUUCGUCCCAUCCUUUGCACAUGGGGGAAUGCUUGCUGGGUUAUUGGGCAGUUGAUUGCAUCAAGUGUACUUCGUGGAAUGCUGGAUCGUGCAGAUCAAUGGGCAUAUCGGUAUGAUUAGUGGCAACAGAAUUCGAAAUUUGCACUAACACUUACGUCAGGAUCCCAUUUGCUCUUCAGUGGGCAUUCACACUCCCUCUCUGGAUAUACAUCAUCUAUGGCCCUGAAUCUCCAGUAAGUAGUAAUUCUUUCGAUCAUUCCCUUCCACAAAAACAACACAAGCGCCUCUUAGAAAGCUUGCCAAAUGAUCGGAUACUGAUUUCGUCUAAUACAGUGGUGGCUGGUACGCAAAAACCGUAUCCCAGAAGCCAAACAGGUCAUCCUCAGUCUGACGAGUCGCACGAACACUACCUUCAACCCCGAUGCCUAUGUCGCAAUGAUGACAGAAACCAACGAACGCGAAGCCCUCAUCUCUGCCGGAACCUCAUAUCUCGACUGCUUUAAAGGCACCAAUCUCCGUCGCACAGAGUGUGCAUCUCUUGUCUGGCUCAUCCAAGCAACCUGCGGCUCAACAUUCAUGGGUUACUCAACCUACUUCUACCAACAAGCCGGGCUUCCCACAAAAAUGGCAUUCAACUUCACGAUGGGUCAGUAUGCUAUCGGUAUCGUAGGAACUCUCGGAUCAUGGUUCUUGAUCGGUUAUAUCGGUAGAAGAACGAUCUAUUUAGUAGGAUGUUGCAUCCUCUUUUACCUUCUUUUACAAACCGGCUUUAUUUCUCUCUUGCCUGAAACAAACAAACCCUCUCGCUGGGCAAUUGGUUCCUCACUCCUCGUUUACACAUUCAUUUACGACCUUACCGUUGGCCCAAUCUGCUACGCUCUAAUCUCCGAACUCUCUUCUACGCGUCUCAAGUCCAAGACAAUCGUAAUUUCACGAAUGACCUAUAUUGUAGGAAGCAUCAUCUCUAAUUUUAUCACUAAUUAUCAACUUACUCCCCUUCCUACCGGGUGGGACUGGGGUGCUCGAUCGGCGUUUUUCUGGGCAGCCAGUUGUGCUUUGUGUGUUUUCUGGAUUUAUUUUCGCUUGCCUGAGCCGAAGGGCAGAACUUGUGGCGAGAUGGAUGUUUUGUUCGAGUGUAAGAUUUCUGCGAGAAAUUUCAAGGAAACAAAGAUCGAGGAUCUUGUAUUAACUGCUAAUAUGAGUACGGGUGUCGCAAGUAGUAUGGCGACAGAAGAGGCCGGGAAGAGGACGGCCGGAAAUCCUAUCAGAAAUAGAGAUCAGGUCUAG